AUUUAGUUAUUUUUCAUACGUUUUGAGCAGAUGUCAACAAGUCAGUUUUCUAACAUGGAAGAAUUAUGUGGGGGAGCUCGGAUGGAUGUCUGUGAGGAUUUCCUGGACAGGAAAAAGCACAAUGAGCACUCUUCGUGCAGUGUAUUGGAAUACAAUGAUCUUGAGGCUGCUGAAGCUCUGGUCUAUAUGAGCUUCUGGAGUCAGGUGUCUACAAAACCCAAUGCCUUCAAACCUCGCCCUCUCACACCAGCGUCAGACUCCUGCGAUUCUCUCCUGCACCCCGAACUGCCGGAGACCCCAAAAGACUUUGUCUCGCUCUCUUCACUGUGCAUGACCCCACCACACAGCCCCAGCUUUACUGACACCUCCAACACCACAUCAGUGCCAGCCCCGCCUUCCCCGUUGGCCCGGCCCUGUCCCAGCCUCCCGAGUCUGAGAUCUGCAUGCCCUACUAUGACCUCCAUCGCUCAGAUGCCCUAUUCUGGGUACCCCACAGAAAAAAACACACCCUCACCUUGCAGAGCCAUGGCAACCAGCGUAAUACGCCACACAGCCGACAGCUCCUUAUAUCAGAACAUUCCACAAGCUGUCUACCCACAAAAGACUGAGAAAGUUCCUUCAUCACCCACCUUAUCCCACCAACCCGAGACCGACACCCCUACAGGAGGCACGUGCCAAAACAUCAGCAGACGUCCUUCUAAGGCUGAUAAGCCCUCCAUUACAUCAUCUGCUCAUUCGCCACCCCUAACCUCCAGUCCGCCAAUCAUAUGCCAAAUGUUCCCGGUGGCCCAACCUGGAGUCAUCUCAGCCACGUUUAUUCAGAAUCCCAGCCCUGGGGUGAAGUCUAUCUUACCACAGCAGCUCCUGAUGGGCUCUACAGUGCCUCAGGGGACAGUGAUGUUCGUGAUGCCGCAGUCACCAGUUUCUUCGGCUCCACAGUGCCAACAGACUGUUAUGACCCUAGGCAACACCAAGCUCCUGCCUCUGGCUCCAGCACCUGUAUACGUGCCCUCGGGACAGAGCAGCGCCACACAGGUCGACUUUUCCCGCAGGCGCAACUAUGUCUGCAAUUUCCCAGGCUGUCGGAAAACCUAUUUUAAAAGUUCUCACCUCAAGGCGCAUCUCAGAACCCACACAGGUAAAUAAUGUUCAGUAUGUAGUAGGGCUGUGCGAUUAAUCGAAAUC